AGGAGGCAAACACGGCUGAUUAUUAGUUCCAUAGUCAGAGCCCGUCUACGGACAUUCUCUGGUUCAGUUUAGUUUAUAAACGCCGAGCAGGUCGCCGCUGUCGUCGUCUUGGAUCCUGGCCACAGGUUUUACAAACUUAAGAAUGAACUUUUUGUUGGAGACACUCCAGCUGAUAGUAUUGUCUGUCUAUUACAAUGUUGAGGCCAUCAUAAAAUGCAUUAUCCCAACAAAGAAAAAAGAUGUGACUGGAGAAAUAGUCCUCAUCACUGGCGCAGGCAGCGGGAUUGGGAGACUGAUGGCACUGGAGUUCGCUAGAUUGGAUGUGGCUCUUGUUUUAUGGGAUAUUAGUCAAGAAGGUAUGAAGGAGACUGCCCGUCUGACGAAGGAAAAAGGGGCCUCACGCGUUCACUACUACCUUUGUGACUGCAGCGACAAAAGUGAGGUGUAUCGAGUCGCGAAACAGGUUAAAAGAGAGGUUGGGGAUGUCAGCAUUCUCAUUAACAAUGCUGGAAUUGUGACUGGCAAGAAAUUUAUGGAUGCACCAGAUUCUCUCAUUGAAAAAACUCUUGAGGUCAACACAAUGUCACACUUUUGGACCUAUAAAGCAUUUCUUCCAGCAAUGGUAGACAACAACCACGGGCAUUUGGUCUGCAUCUCUAGUUCUGCUGGCUUGAUCGGUGUGAAUGGGCUGGCAGAUUACUGUGCUAGCAAAUUUGCUGCCAUUGGCUUUGCAGAGUCUGUUGCUCUGGAGCUGUUAGCCACAGGCAAAGAUGGGGUAAAGACUACAAUUGUGUGCCCUUACUUCAUCAACACUGGCAUGUUUGAUGGGUGCAGUACCAAGUGGCCCACCCUCUUGCCAAUCCUUGAUCCUGUGUAUGUAGCCAAGAAUGUGGUGAAUGCCAUUUUAACUGAACAAAGUUACCUACUUUUGCCAAGGAGCAUGAAUCUAUUAAUGGCCUUAAAAAGCUUUUUACCAUCCAAGCAAAGUGUCAUCUUGGGAAAGUACCUGGGUGCCUUUAAUUUCAUGGACACAUUCCAAGGACACCAGAAGAAACGGAAUUAAAGCUCCAAAUGGACACCUUUUAUCAAUCAAAAUACGGUGGGGGAAAUAAGUAUUGAAUGCAUCUUUUUUUUUCAGUAAGUAUAUUUCCAAUGAGACUAUUCACAUAAAUGUUCACCAAACAUUAGUAUUAACUCAGGAAAUACACACAUAUAAAUAAAUCCAAACAUUAAAGUCCAUAAGUAAUGUUAUGUGUAAUAAAGUGAAAUGUGAAAAAAGUAUUGAGCACACUAAGAAAAAGCAGUACAUCAAGGCUAGGAAAUAAAAGGAACCAGCUGAAAUCUAUUAGUAGUUAGAAUGUAAUUAUACCUCCUAUCUGUGCAAAUCUACUGAUGGGUAAAAGCAAAGAGCUCUCCCAAGACCUUUGCAACCUUAUUGUUGCAAAACAUAUCAAUGGAACUGGUUACAGAUGUUUUUCAAAACUUCAGAAUCUUCCAGUAAGCCCCUUUGAGACCGUUAUCUGCAAGUGAAAGGAACAUUACUGCAUCAUCAACUGGCCACACACAGAAGCUCCUCACAAGAUUUCUGACCAGAGAGUCAGAAGAAUAGUCGGAAGAGUAGCCCAGGACCCAAGGACCACUCACAGAAAGCUCCAGAAAGACUUGGAGGCAGCAGGUACAAUUGUCACAGAGAAAAUCAUAGGCAAUGCGCUCCAUCACCAUAGCCUUUAUGCACUCUAUCUAGCCUUUAUUUUUAUUUUUUAUUCUUUAUUAAGUAUUUAAGAAAUUUCAGUUUGAGCAUUCAAUGCUUUUUCCU